AAAUGAUGAAUCUGACAAAAGGGAAAAAAAGGAACUUUUGAUUUUUGUGCUUUUACUUCUCAUUUGUUUUUUGUGGGUUUUUGUGUCUGCUCAUCUGGUGGUUUGUGUGCAGACUGCAGACAUGUAAAGAAAUCUUCAGGGAAAUUGUUCAUCGGAACAAAUUCAGACGCUGACUUUUUGAUUUUUCCAAACAUUUUUGGUCAUAAAAGUAAAUCACCAGAACUUCCACAAAUGGAGACCACUUGGUUUGUAGUUUGGAGUGUUUGGAUCUUGUGUCAGACCUCAGCUGCUGCAGAUGGGUCAUCGUGUGAACCUGGAUUUGAGUCGGAGCUGUUUAUAUUAAAAGUGAGCAGAAAGAACCUGAAGCCAGGCACAAGACUGAGCAAAGUUGGCUUCACUGACUGCACGACCCGCACAAGAUUUCUCUUCAGCACAGAUGACAGCCGUUUAGUUGUAGAGACUGAGGGAAUAAUAACUGUAAAGAGACAGGUUGUCCUUCAUGAGGGGAACCAGAACUUCUCGGUCCAUGCCUGGGAUUCACAAGGUCAGAAAAUGACUCUUCCUGUCAGGUUGCUGUAUCAAGAUCAUCACUAUAUGAACAACCGUCUGGAUGCUGAAUAUCAUCAUGAGGCUCACAAACUCAGCAACCAGCUUCAUGAUCACCUGGACUCUGAUAGUAAUCAGCAGAUCCCCAUCCUGGAUUUCCCCAAAUCUAAUCCAGGGCUGAAGAGGAGAAAGAGAGGCUGGGUUAUCCCUCCUAUUAAUGUUCCUGAACAUAGCAGAGGACCUUUUCCUCUGUUUCUUGUCGUGAUUCGCUCUGAUGAAGAUAAAGUGAAGAAGAUCUAUUACAGCAUCACUGGUCCAGGAGCAGAUCAGCCUCCUGUUGGUCUUUUCACCAUGAACAGAGACACUGGUCAUCUGCAUGUCACACAGGAACUGGACAGAGAGAAAGUGGACAAGUACACGCUUCAAGCCCAUUCUGUGGCAGAGGGAGCCGAUGGAAAAGCAGAGGAGCCGAUGGAAAUUAUAAUCAAAGUAAUUGACCAGAAUGACAACAAACCUGUUUUCAGUCAGUCUGUCUAUGUGGGAGAAGUUCCAGAGGCCUCACAAGAAGGUUUUCAGGUGAUUCAGGUUGUGGCCACAGAUGCUGAUGAGCCAAAUACUGACAACUCUGAUAUCAGGUAUCAUGUAAUGAGUCAGAAACCAGAGGAUCCCAGUCCCAACAUGUUUACCAUCAAUCCAGCAACUGGAGUCAUCAGAGUCAACGAAGCUGGACUGGACCGAGAGAAAAUCCCUCAGUACACACUGGAAGUACAGGCAGCUGACAACAAGGGAGAAGGUUUGACUGGAUUUACCAAAGUGAUUAUCAAAGUGACCGACCUCAACGAUCACACUCCAAUCUUUAUAGAGCCCUUUUAUAACGCUACAGUUGAAGAGAAUAAAGUAGACGCUCUAGUUGUUAAGAUGUUGGUGAAGGACGGUGAUGAGCCUCAUACCAUGGCCUGGAAUGCAAAGUUCAGCAUCAUUGAUGGAGAUCCAGGAAAUCUGUUUACUGUGGAAACAGGAACAAACAAACAAGAAGGAAUCAUCAGUACUGCUAAGGGUCUGGACUUUGAGAGAACCAGUAAGCACACUCUACUGGUCACAGUGGAGAAUGAGGCUCCUUUUGCUGUCCCCUUGGUCACUUCCACUGCUACAGUGGUGGUGACUGUGGAGGAUGUCAAUGAACCUCUGAUGUUUGAUCCUAAAGAGAAGCAUGUUUCUAAAAGUGAGGAUCUUGCUGAGAACAGCACUGUGGUGCGAUACACAGCUACUGAUCCAGACACUGGACGCAAACAGAAAGUCAUGUAUGAAAUAAUUAGUGACCCAGCUGGCUGGUUUGACAUUGAUAAGGAGACUGGUGAGAUAAAAGUGAGAAACCAAAUGGACAGAGAAUCUCCACUUGUCAAGGAGGAUAAAUACUCAGCCCUGAUUGGUGCAUAUGAUGAUGAUCAAAUCCCAGCUACAGCAACUGGAACUCUGGUUCUUCAUCUUCAGGAUGUCAACGACAGCCCCCCUACCAUUGAGGAACGCAAAUUCACAGUGUGUAGCAAGAUACCAGUUCCUCAGCUGCUGACUGUGACAGACCGAGAUGGACCAGGCUUUACUUCUCCAUACAACGUCAGCCUAGUUGGCUCUGCGAAGGCUAACUGGACUGCUAGGAUGAUCAGCACCAGAACAGGAAUUAUCCUGACUUUAAACCGUGAGCUGGAGAUUGGAGAUUACACUGUGGCCAUGAGCAUUGCAGACAGCCAGGGUCUGUCUCAGGUCAGCACAGUCACAGCCAGAGUGUGUGACUGCGCUGGAGAAGACGUGAGCUGUCGGGAGAAAGAUGUUGGUGGCUCCAACUCUCCAGUCAUCCUGGGAAUACUGAAGGCCAUCGUGGUGCUGCUGAUCAUGCUGGGGCUGCCAUUGUUCCUGUUUGUGAGACGAAGGAGAGCAGAGGAGAAACCUGUUGAACUCAAAGAUCUCAGCACGGCAGACAACAUGUUGGAGGAGGAGGAGAGGAACGACAGAGAGGACAUUCAGGGAGGCGGUUCUGACUCGCAAGACCCGGAAUAUGAAUAUCUGGCUGAAGGGGAACCACUUUCAGAAACUGUCUGAUAAUAAUGGAGAACAGGAUGAAAACGGAUUGUACAUGUUUGGUACAUUUAAAGAAAAUUGCUGCAUGGGUUUUAAAUGUGUCUGUAGUAACAUGCUGAACAUUUCGUGGUUGUUGGGAUAUUUUGUAAUGAACCGUUUUAGUUUAAUUUCAUUCAUUGUAAUGACCUCUUGUUGAGAGGUCAGAGAAGAUGUUUUCCAUUGUUCACUAUUUGGGGAGUUAGCUUUCUGCAAGCCUUUCAAAGGUGGAACUUUUAACCUUUGUUAUAUUUGUUUAUUUUAUUUUUUUCCAAUACAUAGACUUUGUUUUCUCCAUUGCUGGUGCUACUGAGCAAACACUGAGCAACAAAAAUGUUGUGCAACAUGUGCAUCUUUGGUGUUUGGGAGUUUUAAGAUAAACUUCAAAAUUCAC